GAGAGGGGGAGAGAGAGCUAAAAAUGGAGAAAAAUAUAGCAGAUAAAAGAGUUGCGUUCUUCUGCUUCGCCAAAACUAGGCCCCAAAAAUGGCGAACCACACUUUCUCUCACUUUCCGCUUCCUUCUCGAAGCUUCUUCGCAAUCGCCGCCUAGCUUUCUCAAUCGCUUCAUUUCCGAGCUCAAUUUUUUUUGUUCUCUCACUGCUUCAAUGAUAAUGGGAAUGGUAUAUUGAAAUAGCAUCACUUAAAAUAGCUUUGUAUUGAUGGAAAGCUUUGGUGGGAAUGGGUUUUCGGUUGUUGGGCACAACAUAAGGAAGAAGAGGAGUGAUGCAUCUCGUAAAGCUCGCCUCAAUUCACACAUGCUUCUUCAGAGCAAUCAUUUUUUGCCGGCAUCAAUAGAGAUGUUUACCAAUGGAAGCCACAAUGAGGAACGGAACAAUGAGGAUAAAUCGGUUGCUUGUGAUGGAGUGAGAAGUGGGAACAAGCUUAAGAAGUUGAAACUCAAGGUUGGUGGUGUUACUCGCACAAUCCAUACCAAGUCCACAACUGAUUUCACCAGUGGGGAUUGCUCAUCCACCCAAGUAUCUUAUGUUUCCUUGACCGCUUUUGCCCCCCGAGAGAAGUCGCUUCAGGAUGACAUAAAUGGUACUCACACCUUUCCUUCAGAUAAGAGGAAAGGUUUUGGAGUUAAAUGGAAGAAUAUGUCAAAGAUUGAUUCUAGUUCCCAAAAGAAGCAUUCUUCAAGGGGAACUCCUGUGAAAUAUGAGCCUGUUCGCAAGAGCAAUCGAGUUCCUAAACGAAGAGUCUUGGAUGUUGGAUUCAACGAAGACGAUGAUGAUAAAGAUGAGGAAAUUCGGUACCUUGAGAGGCUUAAUGCUCCUAAAAAUCCAGACCAUAGUGAAAAUGGGAAGGAUUGCAAAAUCCAGAAAGAACACAGGCUUUUUAAGCCUCCAAAAAGUAUGGAUGGCUUGUACGAUGAUGCUGUUGGAAACUAUGGAUCACCAAGGCUGGCCAAAGAGUUCAGAAAGGUGUCAAGAUCGGAAAAAGAUUUUGAGGAUACAGACUAUGUGGAAGAAGAGCCAAUAUCUGAUGAGGAACCUGGACCUAGUGGAAAAAAGCUGAAAAGGGAAUCUCCUAAUCUGUACACCGAAGGAUGGAAGGAAUCAACCCCUAUUACACGUACCCGGGCCUCUGCUGCUUCUGUUGACCUUUCAAAUUGUUUACUUUCUUCCAAUUCUAGAAGAAAGGAGAAACUAUCUGAAAUGGACCUACAGCUGAAGAAGGCCGAGGCCGCUCAGAGACGUAGAAUGCAGUCAGAGAAGAUGGCUCGGGAGGCUGAGGCCGAGGCAAUCAGAAAGAUACUUGGUCAAGAUUCUGGAAGGAAAAAAAGGGAAGAGAAAAUGAAGAAGCAGAGGGAUGAAUUGUUACAGAGUAGGGCUGCUAAUUCCCUCACACUUGCAUUAAACACUAUUAGGUGGGUCAAUAGUCCCACUGGAACCAUCGUUACGUUUUCGGAAGAUAUGGGCCUGCCAAGUAUAUUCAAUCCAGUUCCCUGCAGUUACCCUCCUCCAAGGGAAAAAUGCGCCAGUCCGAACUGCACAAACGUGUACAGGUACCGUGAUUCCAAAUUGAAUCUGCCUCUCUGCAGCCUGCAAUGCUACAAAGCCAUACAAAAGAAUGUGCAGCCUCUUGUUACCCUCUGACGGCCGUUCAGUUCUUCUCCGAUCGUCUCUGCAAAACAUGGAACAACCAGUUUAUAUGUCUGGUGCUGUAUGUCUUGAAAAAUUGUACAUCCUGAAACUAGUCAUAUGGAAAACCUAAAUCAUAUGAUCGUGUCAGAUUGUUGCUGGUAAAAUUGUUAGGGCAGGGGAACCAGGAAUGUGCCUAAGACGAUUAGUCGGAUAUGGUUUGUACUGUCUUAUUUUGCUGGGAAAGUCCUACGCCUACCAAAGUGGAAUAUCGCCAAUGUCAUUCAACUAUUCAUUUUGGCAUUCGCCUUUUGUGAAUCUUGCACUUUUUAGG